GCCUCGAAGGAGGUCUUGAUAUUGUUGCUUACAGAUAUUUACAUAUUAUUGUACUGUAUCCUCGACGACCAAUUCUACUCCGCUUGUAUAGCUGGUGGUUUUUUUUGCUGCUUCCUUCCUCAUCUUUACUUGGUAACAGAUCAGGAACUCAAAGUGACACCGGCCACAGGACAUCUCAUCAGGACAUACCCACCAGUUUACUUACUACCACCACCCAUAAUGGCACCGUCUCUCCCUUUCGAGUUGAACGACCCCGACCUCCUACACCAGGAGUCGUACGUCGACGGCAAAUGGGUCGGAGCCAAAUCCGGCAAGCGCUUCGACAUCAUCGACCCUGGCUCCGACAAGACCUGGGCGUCCUGCCCGGACAAUGCCGUCGAAGAUGUCGACGGGGCCAUCCAGUCCUCGUACAAGGCGUUCCAGGAAUACAGCAUCGUCAACCCGCGCAAGCGCGCACAGCUCCUCAUGAAGUGGCACGAGCUCAUCACGGCGGCCAGGGACGACCUGGCCAAGAUCUUGACCUACGAGACCGGCAAACCCCUGGCCGAAGCGUACGGGGAGCUCGACUACUCCCUGGGGUUCACGUGGUGGUUCGCCGGUGAGGCCGAGCGCAUCCAGGGGACCGUCGCCGUCCCGGCGGCCCCCAACCGACGUGUCUUCGUCGUCAAGCAGCCCAUCGGCGUCGCCGUCGCCCUCGUGCCCUGGAAUUUCCCCAUCGCGAUGAUCCUCCGCAAGGCGGGCGCCGCCUUCGCCGCCGGCUGCACCAUGGUCGUCAAGCCCAGCCCCGAGACCCCCCUGACGUGCCUGUCGCUGGCGAACCUCGCGAGCCGCGCCGGCUUCGCCCCGGGCGUCUUCAACGUGCUCACCACGAGCCUCGAGAACACGCCGAGCCUCAGCGAGGCCAUGAUCCUCCACCCCCUGGUCAAGAAGGUCACGUUCACGGGGAGCACGCGCGUCGGCAAGGUCGUCGCCGGCCUGUGCGCCAAGAACCUCAAGAAGUGCACGCUCGAGCUGGGCGGCAACUGCCCCUUUAUCGUCUUCGACGACGCCGACCUCGACCAGGCCCUGGCCCAGUUCAUGGCCCUGAAGUGGCGGCACGCCGGCCAGGCUUGCAUCACCGCCAACCGACUCUACGUCCAGGCGGGCGUGUACGAAAAGUUCACAAACAUGCUGGUCGAGAAGACGCGGCAGUUGAAGGUCGGACACGGCGCCGAAAAGGGCACGACCAUGGGACCCGUCACGACGCCUCGGGGCCUCGCCAAGGCCGAGGAGCAGGCGGCCGACGCCAUCAAGAACGGCGCCAAGUUGCUUUUGGGGUCGGGCAAGGCGCACAAGGGCGCGACCGACAAGGAGGGUGCCGGGCUCGGAAAGGGCGUGGGAGGUUACUUCAUGGACCCCACCAUCCUGGGGGACAUGAAGGACGGCAUGCUGCUGAGCAAGGAGGAGACCUUUGCCCCCGUCACGGGCAUCUUCAAGUUCGAAAAGGAAGAAGAGGCGGUCCGCUGGGCCAACGACACGAGUAUGGGAUUGGCCAGUUAUGCCUUCACAAAGAGCGUCGACCGGGUGUGGAGGAUGUUGGAGAACUUGGAGGCUGGCAUGAUUGGAUUGAACACUGGCAACUCGUCCGCGGCAGAGUCUCCGUUCGGUGGUAUCAAGGAAAGUGGAUACGGUAAGGAGUCGGGCAAGGACGUUGCGGUCAAUGAAUAUUUGAUUUCCAAGACGGGUACUUUGACCAUCGAUGGACAAUAUUAAAUGUAUGCCGAGGAGAGAGAUGUUCGGGGAAGUAGUCUCGGUUGAAAAUAUGCGUCGAGUACCAAGGAUGAAGUCCGGAUUUUGCUCGAAUAGUCCAAGUUUUGUCAUGAUAUGAGUGGGAACAUGCACGUGUUGUAUAUCAGGUAGAUUGUAGUCAUGCCAUUUUCCACUUC